ACACACUUUAGAUAAGGACAAUUAGUCACCAGCGAGACCCUGUAGGAAGAGAGGUUUAAAUCAGAGGGUUUAAUGAGGGUGCUCUGUGCCUUCCCUGAAGCCAUGUCCUCCAGCAACUCCUGCCCCCCCUCGUGCCUAGCCCCGGUGGCUCUCUUCUUGGCUCUGUUGCUCCAUCUCUUCCUUUCCUCCCAAGCUGGAGACAGGAGACCCUUGCCUGUAGACAGAGCUCCAGGUUUGAAGGAAAAGACCCUGAUUCUGCUUGAUGUGAGCACCAAGAACCCAGUCAGGACAGUCAAUGAGAACUUCCUCUCUCUGCAGCUGGAUCCGUCCAUCAUUCAUGAUGGCUGGCUCGAUUUCUUAAGCUCCAAGCGUCUGGUGACCCUUGCUCGGGGACUUUCGCCUGCUUUUCUACGCUUCGGGGGCAAAAGAACCGACUUUCUGCAGUUCCAGAACCUGAGGAACCCUGCAAAAAGCCGCGGGGGCCCCGGUCCGGAUUACUAUCUCAAAAACUAUGAGGAUGACAUUGUUCGAAGUGAUGUUGCCUUGGAUAAACAGAAAGGCUGCAAGAUUGCCCAGCACCCUGAUGUGAUGCUGGAGCUCCAACGAGAGAAGGCAGCUCAGAUGCAUCUGGUUCUUCUAAAGGAGCAAUUCUCCAAUACUUACAGUAAUCUCAUAUUAACAGCCAGGUCUCUAGACAAACUUUAUAACUUCGCUGAUUGCUCUGGACUCCACCUGAUUUUUGCUCUAAAUGCACUGCGUCGUAAUCCCAAUAACUCCUGGAACAGUUCUAGUGCCCUGAGUCUGUUGAAGUACAGUGCCAGCAAAAAAUACAACAUUUCCUGGGAACUGGGUAAUGAGCCAAAUAACUAUCGGACCAUGCAUGGCCGGGCAGUAAAUGGCAGCCAGUUGGGAAAGGAUUACAUCCAGCUGAAGAGCCUGUUGCAGCCCAUCCGGAUUUACUCCAGAGCCAGCUUGUAUGGCCCUAAUAUUGGGAGGCCCAGGAAGAAUGUCAUCGCCCUCCUAGAUGGAUUCAUGAAGGUGGCAGGAAGCACAGUGGAUGCAGUUACCUGGCAACAUUGCUACAUUGAUGGCCGGGUGGUCAAGGUGAUGGACUUCUUGAAAACUCGCCUGUUAGACACACUCUCUGACCAGAUUAGGAAAAUUCAGAAAGUGGUUAAUACGUACACUCCAGGAAAGAAGAUUUGGCUUGAAGGUGUGGUGACCACCUCAGCUGGAGGCACAAACAAUCUAUCAGAUUCCUAUGCUGCAGGAUUCUUAUGGUUGAACACUUUAGGAAUGCUGGCCAGUCAGGGCAUUGAUGUUGUGAUACGGCACUCAUUUUUUGACCAUGGAUACAAUCACCUCGUGGACCAGAAUUUUAACCCAUUACCAGACUACUGGCUCUCUCUCCUUUACAAGCGCCUGGUCGGCCCCAAAGUCUUGGCCGUGCACGUGGCUGGGCUCCAGCGGAAGCCACGGCCAGGUCGAGUGAUCCGGGACAAACUAAGGAUUUAUGCUCACUGCACAAGCCACCACAACCACAACUAUGUUCGAGGGUCCAUUACACUUUUUAUCAUCAACCUGCACCGAUCAAGAAAGAAAAUCAAAUUGGCUGGGACUCUCAGGGACAAGCUCGUGCACCAGUAUCUGCUGCAACCCUACGGACAGGAGGGUCUGAAGUCCAAGUCAGUGCAGCUGAACGGCCAGCCUUUAGUGAUGGUGGACGAUGGGACUCUCCCAGAAUUGAAGCCCCGCCCCCUGCGGGCUGGCCGGACAUUGGUCAUCCCUCCAGUCACCAUGGGCUUCUAUGUGGUCAAGAAUGUCAACGCUUUGGCCUGCCGCUACCGAUAAACCACUCCCACACCCACAAGGUGCCCCCGGGCCAGCUGGACUGCUUUCCACUCCUCCGCCCCAAUAGUCUCCUUAUUUUUCAGACAUCUUCUUAGCAUCAAACCAGUCCCUGCUGCCACAUCCUGCUGGAAUCAACACAGACUUGCUCUCCAAAAAGACAAAUGUCAUAGCAUGAGCUUAGCCUACGUAGGUCACAUUCACCCCAAAGGAAAAUGCGGACAUCAUCUGUACCUAUAUGAGGAUGAAGGUAUGUGUGUAGAGCUGUAUGUAUCCUUGUGCGCGUACCAUGAAAACAAGCUCGCAGCACACUCCCGGGACAAAUGAAACAACCACCCAUGAUGCCGGUCACACAGCAGUAGAACUCCACACCCUCACCUGUGGCUGCUGCCCUCAGCAGAAGAUGAGCAAGAAAAAAACCCUGUGGACCUUCAAGAGCCCGAUCCUCUUUCAACUCCUUUCCUUUGCCUGUUCCCCGCUGUUGCCCUGGGUUUCCCAUCAGCUCUCUUCCCAGAAGGGAGCAAGUGGGUGAGUUAGCACUGGCCUGCUGGGUGAGCUGUUUAUGUAAUUUUCCGGCUGGUGUAUAUGAGUGUGUGCCUCUGGGUUUCUGACAGUGGCAUCAAUCACCAGCUAUGCCUCUGGGAAGCGGGUGCUUCAAAAGUAAAAUUGCAAUCAUACUCCAGAUUUUGUAAGAAGGUUCUAUUCCUCUGUGAAUCCUGAUUCCCCCAGGGUUGGAAUGGGAGUCAGGUAACAAUAUUCAUUGAGUGGAGGGCAAUAUAUUAGGCACCACGAAAAGUAAUCAUCAUUUGUCAUGUGGCUGUGAAGGAGAGACUUUUAGUACAAAGAGAAAGCACACCAAACUACCAUGACACAUGUACAAACACACACACACACACACACACACACACACCCCAAAUGAACAAAGCCAAUAAUUAGACCUGCCUUAAAUUUGAGAGAAUAUUUAUUAAGGGUAAGCCCUUAAUGGUUACAUUGACCAAAACCAUUAAAAAACAACAACCACAACAACAACAACAAAAACCAGAGGUGUAAAUCAAACGUCCUCACUGUAAGACACAACUAACCCCAAACUUUAUUCCUCUUCCCAAGUAGC